CCGCCAGGCAUUUAUACCCAUGCGUAAGGCUCGAGCGCACAGUGCAGCACUCUGGCUCAGCGCUUCUCGAGGGGAGGACAUAAAGCCACCUACGACUCAACAACACAAAACCCCCCACCAUCACCACAGCACCCAUUUUUUUGGUCCUCUCUCCUUCUGCGGACUUAAAACUGCUCACAAACUUUUAAAGGCAACUUUUCCCCUCAACCAAAACCAGUCGUGGCACGAACUAACGCACGUCGCGUUCAAGGAUCCCGGUCGGUCCUCCAUGAAAGAGGGAGUGCGGCAGCAAACUUGGGGAAACGAGAUGUCUGCGGCCGUCUUGUCUGCGUUCUACGACAUGGAAAUGCUUUACAAGCAAGAUAAAAGCUUGAACAUGAACGCCCUCCAUAUCAACAGCAUGCUGGACAAGAAGGCGGUGGGGGCUCCGGUAACGACUCCGGGCUCUGGUGGCCCCUUCACGUCGGGAUUUUUCCGCAGAAACUCGACCAGCAACUUGGAGGCGUUGAACAACGGCAACCAGUACUCGAUGGGCUCAUACGGCAGUCUGAAGGAGAACACGCCGGGCAGCAACGGCAGCGCCACGGCCCUCAUGAACAAGGAGAACAAGUUCCGCGACCGCGCUUACAGCGACAACGGAGACCGGGGUGUGUUGCAGCAGAAGCCCGGCUCUCAGAUAAACUCCACCCGCUACAAGACUGAGCUCUGCCGGCCCUUCGAGGAGAACGGGUCGUGCAAGUACGGGGAGAAAUGUCAGUUCGCUCACGGCUACCACGAGUUGAGGAGCUUGUCCCGUCACCCGAAGUACAAAACGGAGCCGUGCCGCACCUUCCACACCAUUGGUUUCUGUCCGUACGGUCCCCGGUGUCACUUUAUCCACAACGCCGACGAGCGCCGGCCGUCUCCCGCAGCCAACACCAACAUGCAGACGGGGGAGUCCAGGUCGGCUCGCGAGCUGUGCGGCUACAACCAGAGGGAGAUCCUGCCGCAGCAGCUCGGCUACACCCAGAGGGACAGACCAAAGCUUCACCACAGCCUCAGCUUCUCCGGCUUCUCCACCCACCACGGACUCGAGUCUCCCCUGCUCGACAGCCCCAUGUCCCGGACCCCGCCGCCGCCCACCACCGCCUCCUCCUCCUGCACCUCCACAUCAAGCUUCUACGAGGACGUGCUCUCUCCCAACUCCGUGUCCUGCAUCAACAGUGCCUUCGCCUUUCCCGGACAGGACUUAAAAGCCUUACUGGCCCCGCUGGCUGUGCACACCCCGAGCGGCUACGCCAACAACCACUCCACCAGUGCCUACUAUGGGAACAUGCAGAGCAGCGCGUGCCCGCCCUCCCCUCCGACGUACAACAUGAGCCACUUGCAGGCGCUGCGCCGCCUCAACGAGUCGCCGGUGUUCGAGGCUCCUCCCAGCCCGCCAGACUCGCUCUCUGACCGGGAGAGCUAUGCGAGCGGGUCCCUCAGCUCUUCCGGAAGUCUCAGCGGCUCCGAGUCCCCGAGUCUGGACGCUGGAAGGCGUUUGCCAAUCUUCAGCAGGCUGUCGAUUUCAGAUGACUAAUCGCUUCUUUUUUUUCAUCUUUUUUUUCAUAUGGAUUUAUGGACUGGUCAGGCAGGGUCGUUUGAGGAGCCACGGGUGUUCAGUGAGUGAGGUAGACUGUCCUCCACCCCCAUUUCAGCAGCAACCACCCUGCCGAAGUGUGCCUUUUUUGAGUAAGACAUUGAAUCCCUACCAGCUCCUGGGGUGCUGACCCCCCUCUGACCUCCCUGGAGGGGGGCCAGAGUGGAGAAGUUCACCCACAGGGAUCAAUACAUCUUCAAACAUUUAAGUGUCCUUGACCUGGCAUUAGUUUAGUAUGUUUUCCUGCUCUCCUUGUAUGUAAUAUAGCUGUAUUAAAACUUAGAUAGCAAACAGAAGGCAUUCCAUCAGUGCCUUGCCCGAGGGCUUCAUGGCAGCCCCCCCUUCCCCUUCUCUCUCUCCCUUUUUUGCUCUAUCAGGCAAGCCACACUUUUUCCUGGGAUUAGAUGUGUGGGUUAACAUGACUUGACAAGAAGAGACUGAGCGGUUUUCAGAUUUCCUCCCAUCCUGCCAAGAAUAUGCCUUGACUCAAAGUAACAUUUCCCCCCCUUUUUUUUUUAAUUAAAGUGUGUUUUUCUUUUUCUUCUCUGAAAGCUUCAACUUCCAUUCCAGACCUGUCUUCUCCUAGCGCCACCCAGUGGUUUGUUUGGUUAGUCUAGUUCGUUGCUUGGAUAAAAAGCACUCUUGAGUUGGGUUUGUUUGGGGAAAUCACUGCUGAUGGUUGAAUAUAUAUUUUUUUAGCUGUUUUUUGAGUGAUAUACAUAGCUGUGCAUAACUGGCUAUGGACUAUUUAACUUAUUUAUUAUCUUGUGAAAAAAGUAUAGGCUACAUUGGUAAUUUGUGUCCAUACUGUAUUUAUCAAGUAUGAUGAAGCAAUAGAUCUAUAUUCUUUUAUGUUUAAAUUAUGGUCGCCAUUAUUAAUCUGCAUAAAGUGGAGUGUAUGUUCUUUUCACAUUAAUAUAUAUAUUUUGUUUUUUUUCCUCCUCCUUUUUGUAACUUCACUCGGUUAUCUUUAUUGUAAAUGAGUAAAAAAAAAAAAAAUCUUAAUUUAAGAGAACGUAUGAUAUUUAUUUCAUUAAUUUUGUUUCCUUGUUUACGUUUAUUAAAAAAAAAAAAGUUUGCGUGAUUGCUGUUUGCUCCUGAGGUUGUCAUGCUGUAGAAGGCUUCUUUUUUUUUUUUUUUCAAGGGUCCCUAUUUAGAUGUUUCCGUAGAAUGUAUAAACAAUGUGGUUGUACAGACCGUCCAAACCGUACUUCUUUUUGUCGAUUUAGAUCAGACUUCAGUGACAAAGAACCCAAGUCAAUAAAUUAACCAAAAAGUAUUUUUUAAUUUUUUAUUUUUCCUCUGUUUGCACGAGGUCACACUGUGAUUCCAGCCACGUGCUAAAGAAUGUAGCAAUCCCUUGUGCCCCAGUAUUAUUGUGUAGUGCCUAUAUGGGGUUCACCAUCUUGACAUGCCUUAAAAUUAACCAAAUAAAGUAUUUUUCCUACAUGGCAUCUUUUA